UUCCUUCGCGGGGCGCGUGACCUAGAGGGGGGCUGCACCCUCCGGCCUUGGCAGAUGUGAAGGAGGGGCCGGUCCGCUGUGAGCGGAGCCUGCACCAUGGCCCAGACCAGCCUGCUGCAGGGCAAGCAGUUUUACUGCAGGGAGUGGGUCUUCCACAAGCUCCAGCAUUGCCUCCAGGAGAAAACUAACUGCUGUAACAGCGCUGGCAGCCACCCGUCCCUCGCGAACCCUGGGAAUAAUGCGAGUGCUGGCUCCGGGAAGGGAGCAGCCUGGGGUGUGCUGUUGGUAGGAGGGCCGGGCAGCGGGAAGACGGCCCUCUGCACCGAGCUGUUGUGGCCAAGUUCACCUGCGGGUUUGCAGAGGGGUUUGCAUCGGCAAGCCCUCGCCUUCCAUUUCUGCAAAGCCCAGGACUCGGACACGCUGUGCGUUGGGGGAUUUGUUCGAGGUCUGGUGGCCCAGAUCUGCCACAGUGGGCUGAUCCAGGGGUAUGAGGACAAGCUGAGGGAUCCGGCGGUGCAGAGCUUCUUGCAGCCUGGGGAGUGUGAGAGGAACCCCGCCGAAGCUUUUAAGAGGUGUGUUCUCCUUCCUCUUUUGGGAAUGAAGCCACCCCAGCAGAGUCUGUAUCUGCUUGUGGAUUCUGUGGAUGAAGGUUGUAAUAUUGCUGAAGGUGAACAGACUUCGGGCUUAUCUGGGACUGUGGCAGAGCUGUUAGCUGGUCACCAUGAAUUCUUUCCACCUUGGCUGCUACUUCUCUGCUCUGCUCGCAAACAGAGUAAGGCUGUUACCAAAAUGUUUACAGGCUUUCGAAAAAUAAGUCUUGAUGAUCUUCGGAAGGCUUACAUUGUCAAGGAUGUCCAACAGUACAUCCUCCAUCGUCUAGAUCAAGAAGAAGCCUUGAGACAGCACCUCACAAAGGAAACUGCAGAAAUGUUGAAUCAGCUUCAUAUCAAAAGCAGCGGGUGUUUUCUUUAUCUAGAACGAGUUCUAGAUGGAGUUGUGGAAAACUUUAUUAUGUUAAGAGAAAUCCGUGAUAUCCCUGGAACCCUCAAUGGGCUAUACCUCUGGCUCUGUCAGAGACUUUUUGUGAGGAAACAGUUUGCAAAAGUUCAACCUAUUCUGAAUGUGAUUCUUGCAGCAUGUCGACCACUAACCAUAACAGAAUUAUAUCAUGCAGUAUGGACCAAAAAUAUGUCACUGACCAUAGAAGACUUCCAACGCAAACUAGAUGUACUCUCAAAACUCCUUGUUGAUGGACUAGGGAAUACUAAAAUAUUGUUUCAUUAUAGUUUUGCAGAGUGGCUACUGGAUGUCAAACAUUGCACACAGAAAUAUUUAUGUAAUGCAGCAGAGGGACACAGAAUGCUUGCAAUGAGUUAUACCUGUCAAGCAAAAGAUUUGUCUCCUUUAGAAGCUCAAGAAUUUGCAUUACACUUGAUUAAUUCAAACUUACAGUUAGAGACUUCUGAAUUAGCUCUGUGGAUGAUAUGGAAUGGUACGCCUGUCAGAGAUUCUUUGUCUACUUUAAUCCCCAAAGAGCAGGAAGUCCUGCAGUUGUUGGUUAAAGCGGGUGCCCACGUCCACAGUGAAGAUGAUCGUACGUCUUGUAUUGUCCGGCAAGCCUUAGAAAGGGAGGAUUCUAUUCGAACCUUGUUAGAUAACGGAGCUUCUGUAAACCAGUGUGAUUCAAAUGGGAGAACUUUGUUGGCUAAUGCUGCAUAUAGUGGUAAUCUCGAUGUUGUUAAUCUACUCAUUUCCAGGGGAGCAGAUUUGGAGAUUGAAGAUGCUCACGGACAGACGGCACUGACUCUAGCUGCUCGACAAGGGCAUACCAAGGUGGUUAACUGUUUGAUUGGCUGUGGAGCCAAUAUUAAUCACAAUGACCACGAUGGCUGGACAGCACUACGAUCCGCUGCUUGGGGAGGUCACACUGAGGUCGUUUCUGCUCUUCUUUAUGCUGGAGUCAAAGUCGACUGUGCAGAUGCUGAUAGUCGAACAGCCUUGAGAGCGGCAGCCUGGGGCGGGCAUGAAGAUAUCGUGCUGAACUUACUUCAGCACGGUGCUGAAGUUAACAAAGCUGAUAAUGAAGGCAGAACCGCUUUGAUAGCUGCAGCGUACAUGGGGCACAGAGAGAUUGUGGAGCACUUGCUGGACCAUGGGGCAGAAGUGAAUCAUGAGGAUGUAGAUGGGAGGACUGCACUGUCCGUGGCUGCACUUUGUGUUCCUGCCAGUAAGGGGCAUGCCUCUGUAGUUAGUCUUUUAAUUGAUCGUGGUGCUGAAGUGGAUCACUGUGAUAAAGAUGGCAUGACUCCCUUGUUGGUAGCUGCCUAUGAAGGACACGUCGAUGUCGUUGACUUGCUUCUAGAAGGGGGAGCAGAUGUGGACCAUACAGAUAACAAUGGUCGAACACCCCUUUUAGCAGCAGCUUCGAUGGGUCAUGCUUCAGUAGUAAACACACUUUUAUUCUGGGGGGCUGCUAUUGACAGCAUCGACAGUGAAGGUAGGACAGUUCUCAGCAUAGCUUCAGCACAAGGAAAUGUUGAGGUGGUACGAACUCUGCUGGACAGAGGCUUAGAUGAAAAUCACCGAGAUGACGCAGGAUGGACCCCAUUGCACAUGGCAGCUUUUGAAGGUCACAGGUUAAUAUGUGAAGCGCUUAUUGAACAAGGAGCCAGAACAAAUGAAAUAGAUAAUGAUGGCCGCAUACCUUUCAUUUUAGCUUCCCAAGAGGGACAUUAUGAUUGUGUACAGAUAUUACUGGAAAAUAAAUCUAACAUUGAUCAAAGAGGAUAUGAUGGAAGGAAUUCCUUGCGGGUCGCUGCUUUAGAAGGUCACAGGGACAUUGUUGAACUACUCUUCAGCCAUGGAGCUGAUGUUGACUACAAAGAUGCUGACGGCCGACCCACACUUUACAUCUUGGCUCUGGAAAACCAGCUUGCGAUGGCUGAGUACUUUUUAGAAAAUGGUGCAAAUGUGGAAGCAAGUGACGCGGAAGGGAGGACAGCGCUCCAUGUUUCCUGCUGGCAGGGCCAUUUGGAAAUGGUGCAGCUUCUGAUGACAUACCAUGCCGAUAUUAAUGCUGCAGACAAUGAAAAGCGUUCUGCUUUGCAGUCUGCAGCCUGGCAGGGCCAUGUAAAGGUGGUUCAGGUUUUGAUUGAACAUGGGGCUAUAGUUGACCACACAUGUAACCAAGGUGCCACUGCUCUCUGCAUUGCUGCUCAAGAAGGACACAUUGAUGCUGUGCAGAUAUUACUAGAACAUGGUGCUGACCCAAACCAUGCAGAUCAGUUUGGACGUACUGCUAUGCGGGUUGCUGCCAAAAAUGGACAUUCUCAGAUAAUUAAAUUAUUAGAAAAAUACGGUGCAUCUAGUUUAAAUGGUUGCUCGCCAUCUCCUGUUCACACAAUGGAGCAGAAGCCCCUGCAGUCAGUAUCCUCAAAAAUGCAGUCUUUAACAAUUAAAUCAAAUAGUUCUGGGAGUACUGGUGGAGGAGAUAUGCAGCCUACAUUGCGUAGCUUAUCUAAUGGGCCAACUCAUGCGUUCAGCUCUCCUUCAGAAUCUCCAGAUUCCACAGUUGAUCGCCAGAAAUCAUCACUGUCAAAUAAUUCCCUUAAAAGCUCCAAAAAUUCUUCUUUAAGAACUACUUCCUCUACAGCAACUGCUCAGACGGUCCCCAUUGAUAGCUUCCACAAUAUGUCUUUUACAGAGCAGAUACAGCAGCAUUCGUUGCCGCGAAGCCGAAGUAGGCAGUCAAUUGUUUCCCCAUCUUCUACAACACAAUCCUUAGGCCAGAGUCAUAAUUCACCAAGUAGUGAGUUUGAGUGGAGCCAAGUAAAGCCCAGUUUGAAAUCCACUAAAGCAAAUAAGGGGGGGAAAUCAGAAAAUUCUAGCAAAUCUAGUUCUGCUGGGAGAAAACCUAAACCUAGUAAUUCUUCACAGCCAAAAGUUUUAGAAUAUGAAAUGACUCAGUUUGAUAAAAGGGUACCUGUUGCCAAAUCUGGGACUAGUACGCCACUUAAGCAGAUGCCAGCAGAAUCACAGUGUAAAAUUAUGGUUCCUCCAGCUCAGCAGGAGGUUGGGCGCUCUCAGCAGCAGUUCCUGAUUCACCAACAAAGUGGUGAACAGAAGAAGAGGAAUGGCAUAAUGACAAAUCCAAAUUACCAUCUACAGAACAAUCAGGUUUUCCUUGGCAGGGUCUCAGUCCCACGAACAGUACAGGACAGAGGGCAUCAGGAAGUUCUGGAAGGCUAUCCUUCUGCAGAGACAGAGUUAAGCCUUAAACAAGCCCUGAAGCUUCAGGUUGAUGGUUCUGAUCCAGGUUUCAACUACAAAAAGGAAACGCCCUUAUAAAAGUUCCCAUUUCUGUGAAACAGAGACAUUUGUCACUAGCAUGGCUCAUCGGCUGCCUGGGACAAAAGCAUAUGAUGCCUGUUGAACGGCUGGAGAAAUGAAGACUGUGAUCUCUGCAGUACAGUUACCUUCGUUACUGUAACGUGCCUACAUUUUAAGGCUGCCUUCUCAGUGUAAUCCUCUGUGCUUCAGAAUUUUAUUUUGUGUACUUUGUAUUCACUACACAGAAUAAGCACUUUUUUUCUUAAAUGCAGAUACAUAUUGACUACAUUUCCCUGAUACAAGCUAAAAAAAAUUUGAGAAAGCAAUUUUGAGUUAAUAGUUCAAGAAGAUUUGAUAUAUCUGCAUGUGCCACAGUCAAGUGUUCCUUGUAUUUAUUUUUGGUUUUGUGGCGAAAGAAACUAGACAUACAGAUCAAAUAACAUUUGCAUUGUUGUAGUGUAUGGUUUAUUUCUUGUGUCAUUAACUUUUUUUUUUCAAGAAAAGCAAAUUUCACAUUAUUUGUUAAGCCACCUCCUGUUCUCUGUACUUUAAUGCUCAUUGAAUAAAAGCAAGAUUACACUUCAAUGCCACAGGGUAGGUAAAGAAAAAGAAAAAAGAAAAAAAUCGUUGGUAAGGAGUUAUUUAAUUAUUCUUAAGCAAUCAAAGGAAGUUUUAAAUAAUUAAGUAUGAAUUUGCCCUGAUAGUACCUCUCAUCUAUGUUUAAGGGCAUCAGAAAACAAAAAAGCAAGCAGAUCAGGGUACUGUUUCAUUCAUUAGGCCACCCUUUAAUCUUCCUCUGGUCAUUCCACCCCCAGUGAUGUAUACCAUUCUUCUUAAGGCAUGAAAAUUCUCAGGGCUGAAUCCAUGCUUCAGUUGUCUGUGUGUAAUGUGAGAGACAUCUAUCUAGAAAAUGGAAACUACACUUCUUGCUGGAACAGACAGUUCAUUGACCACUGUCUUACUUAUUCUUUCCAAAUUAAAUAAUAUUUCUCCACAAUUUUAUUCUGAAGUCAUGCAUCUCAGCUAUUUCUAUCAGCGUACAACCAAAUAGCUUCAUAAAAACUUUUUUUUGUAUUGACUUUUAAAUUGUUGAGUGAAUAUUUUUGAAAUCAUAGGAUCAUAGAAUUAGAGCUGGGAAGGACCUUACAGUUCAUUAAGUUCAAUCUGUCAUCUUCCAGAUGAGGAACCAGGGGCCCAUAGAGGUUAAGUGACUUACUUUAGGUCACAUAGCUAGUUAGGCAUCUGAGGUAGAAUUAGAACCUAGAUAUUCCUGACUGUAGAUCCAGGGCUCCAUUCAAUAUGCCUUGUUGAGAUGAAUGUAACGUAUGCCAUCCUUCAUGGAGAGUACUGCAGACUGACCAACAUUAAGACUGUGUGUCAGUUCUUUGGCUAGUAGUGAUGAUACAUUUCCAUGAACUCCUCCCAUUUCUCUAUAUAUUGCUGAGACAGCUGCCAAGAUCACUGUGUGAUCAUGAAAUAAAGGAAAGGUAAUCAGAUCCUGUGAGUUUAAAACCACCUUGGCUUGUUGAGUAUCAGGACCUUAAACCAAUCGAGCUAACUGAUGCGUGUAUGUAUAUUUUUCUUGGUGACGUUUAGCUUAACUAGUUAGAACAUGGUCAUGGUUACAGCCAGGUGCAUGAUUGAGAUCCUGGUAUGGGCUACUUAGCCUUGCACAAAGAAACACUUUUGUGACCACAGGUUUCAACCUUUGGCUUCCUAUUUGUCAAGAUGUGUGCUGUUUGUUGGCCUCUGAUCAGACAGGUAAGAGUAUGGAUGAGCUAGCACAAAUUCAUCACCACUAUCAUGAAAAAGUCCAUUUUACUAUUAGAUCAGCAGGGUCAUCUUCAUACAUGUACAUGUGACAUGUUGAAUAUUCAAGACCAUGGAAAGGUUUAAUUGGUUACUAUUUCCAUUUGAAUCUUAUUUUAAAAUUCAUUUUUAAAUCAGUGCAGCUCAUUUUGUUUAACUUAUGACAUCAGUUAUGAAUCUUUAAUAAUCAGAAAUGUAGGAUAAGUUUUAAAAUUUGUUAAGGUGACAUGGCAAUAUUGAUAACUCUAAUGUGAAUGUUUCAAGUACUGAAUUUCUUAUCCCUAUGGGACAUUUAUAAAAUAAACAAAACUCUUGCAAAAUAGCCUUAAGAGUGUUAAUGGUUCCUUAAGUAAAUAUGAACACAUCCUAGUAUUAGCACAGACUUGACUCACUCCUCAAGCUUAGUACAUUUACAAUGUUUUGGAAGAUGGAGCUCUACUUAUUAGGUGUAUUUUUCUUUAGAAGGAGAACCCUAAAAGUUGUCAGUUUUCUAUUAACCUUGAGUUGUUUGGAUUCUAUUUAUUUAAUUUUAUUUUAUUUGUUACAAAAAAUGCACCUUGUGGCCAAAGGGCAAAGAAUAUGAUUAAUUUCACAAAGGCUUGUUUUUCAGAGUUGAAUGUUUUCAUAUCCAUACUAUUUACACUUGAAACUUGGUAGGAACUUCAUAAAGUCACUAAUCUGAAAACAACCAAAAAAUACCUGUUGAAAGGUAUGAUUUUUCAAAAGUAAGUUUUCCUACAGACAUUUUGUGUAAAUUCUCUUUUUGCAAUAAGGCAUGAACUGCUCUGUUAAGGGUGUUAGGAGAUGUCCUGCUUUGCGUGGAUGUUUGUGUGACUGAAUGGCAUGGCCACUGGGGCCUCUAUUCCACCUUACAAAACAAACUAAAAUAAUUGUUCCAGAGUGUUCUGAUGUUCUUGAAAUUUGAAUAUUUCAAGCCUUAUCUCUGCAGCUGUUUCUCCAUCAUCCCCCUUGUUUGUAUAUCAUUCCAUUCUCCUUAAAAGGUGAUAAUGGGGGAAGCUGUAAAGGACUCUGUCAAAAAAUAUUUAACAUCUGUAUGCACAUGGAGAAAGGUUUUGGAGGGAAACAUAUCAAAACAAAAAUAGUAGCAAAGGACAGUAAUGAUGCCUCUAGUCUUUUCUCUCCCAAGUUCUUACUGAAAGUAUUAUUGUUAUCCCAAAAGAUCAAGCUGUUACUUUUCUCAUUAUUGUUUCUGCUAUGCAAAUGUUGUUUGUUUAUGUUUAAGGUCCUCCACUCACACUUUUCAGCAAAUUUAGUUUGCAAACUAUUGUUUUUAAUUUCUUUAUCCCUGGCUUUGGGUUGUAAAUAGCCUAUAAUGUACAUUGAAUUUCACAUUGUAAAAUUUUUAUUUUAUUCCUUGUAUUAUAUUAAGCAAAAUCCUUAUGUAUAUG